AAAAUAUAUUUAAUUAGGAAAAACCAAAAUAUUGUUUAAAAAAUAAGAUAAGAGAGCCUGCAAGAGCUAUGGAAUCUAACAAGAAAGCAUUCCCCAUCACCAGGGACUAAGCCCUGCUUCCUGAAUCCCUAGUCACCUGCAGAGUAGCUUCCAGUACCCAGCUGAGAUGACCAUAGCCCCAGGCACCGAUGCUUGUAGUUAUAGGUCUGCAGGCUCCAUUCUGGAGUCCAUACAGAGAGCCAAAGCCUACUUACUCCCCCGGCCCCUGAUGGCAGCCUAGGAGUGGCUACCGGGACCAGAUGUGUGGGGCAAUGACCCCAACUGGGCCUAAACUCAAUAGAUGUAGGGAGGGAGCUGAAGCUAACCCAAAGAGCACUGAAGCAUACCUGCAUAUCCUAGUUACUUGCCUGGGUCAAUGGGCCCAUGAGAAUGAGUGUCUGUUGAUGUAGGCAGGGAAGUCAGGACCAAUCUUGCACCUGGACAUCCAUUCAAGAGGCCUCUACAAAGAACUCCCCCUAGCCAUGUCCAGUCUUAGGAAACUGCUACCACUCCUAUGCCCAUUCUAACCAAGGGUGAAACUGACUAGGAUCAAAACCAGCAUCAAUACAUGAAAGCAGUUGCUCCUAAGAGACUUCCUAUGAAGGAUGAAAAAAUCAAGGAACUAGUUAGAGUCUUUACCGGUUGGCAAUAGACAGUUCAAUUCUGCCACACUCAUUCAUGGGGUACCCAUUCAAGGUCAGACUGGGAGCCUAAUGUUAAGCAUUGCUAGUCCUAAGAUAAACCAAAUUUUCUUCCACUGGUUAAGCAGCAAUCAAAAUAAAAGGUUAGCAGUCAGUUCUGGCCAGUUGACAUAGGCAAUACCUGAAGAGGCAGGCCAUUUUGAUGGUGAAGGUGACAAUGGUACCCACACCAAUGUCAUUGGUAUCCAUGGUAGUGCCUAUGACAGUGCCUCCAGUGCUGUCCAUGGCAUUGCCCAUAACAGAGUCCAAAGCAGGAUGUCUAUUCCCUAAAGAUCCCCCAGACCACAUUAGGGAGAGAGUGAUUACCAUACAUUCUGCUUGCAACUAUAACGAUAACUUUUUCUCCAGUGGAGCCAAAACCAUCAAGAAAUCCACCUCAAAAAUCCAAGCUCCACUUACUCCCCAAAUCUGAACCUAAAAAUUAUUUUUGCCAUCAUCUCCACUAAGGCUGGGCUGGAUAGCAAAGACGGAACUUUGCAUGCUAUCUACUAAUGAAGAAUUCAUAUAGGGCUCCAACUCUGAGUACCAGGCCAUCUACAUCAGAGACAAAAAAGUCUCCAGUUACCCUAUGGCCACAUGCAGCAUGGAUGGCCAAGAGCUCUACUCUAGGCAGCUCCCUCAAUUUCAGACCCCUCGUACCCUGGGCUCCUGCCAGCCAGACAAAGAGAGCAUGAUAGUAGACAUAUGCACUCGUCAGACCAAAUUUGGGGUUGUGUGUGAAGGAACUAAAUUUCGUGGGGAGGCUCACUGCAAGGAGGACCUCAGAAGCCUUACUCUAGGGACACGGCCCAUCUAUGUGAUGGAUAAUGUGGUCUGCCCCCGAUCUCCAACCACCCUGACCAUUGCUUCCCAGCAGGUUGAGCUUCCUAGCAAAGUCCAACCCUGGGCCACUAGCCCCGGUCCCUCCCAGACAUCUAAGGUCACAGACAGGGAAAUCACAAAGUCAGUGACAAGGAACAGCAGUGCAAAUCUGGAAGAGAGGGGCAGGUCUGUUACCCCUAUGCCCACAAAAAUUGGACUGCUUAGUGGUCACAUACCCCUGGAGCCACCCUACUUUGUUGGACAAAAUAUUCUAACCUACCAGAAAGAAACCUGCUGGCCCCGGGCAACAUCAGACAAGGGUAAUCCUACACCCUCCUUCUGGGUCCCACAAACUUACUCCUCAUCAGACACCUCCAAGAGGUCAGUGACUAUGGAGCACAGCGAGGGUGCCACAGUCAAAAGCCAAUCCAAGAAAUCAACCUCCUAUGGCUCAACAAGAGAGGAAGGGUUCACUGUCCAUUCCUAUGAGAGCAAUAUGAUAGAGGGUGUUUCUAAUAUAGCUGAAGUCCCCAGAAAAAACAAUGCUGAGUCCCUUCAAUGUGCUUCACUCUUCCACAAGGAAUUAGCUGCAACCAUGGACUCUACCCGAUCCUCAAUGCAAAACAACGGUACAUCUGUACCUCUGCCCACCCAUGUAGGUAUACUGAGGAUGCCCUUCUCACCAGAAAUCCAGAUCUGUGCUGGAAAGGAUGGGAUGAAUCAGGGUAUGGCAAGCCAGGAUACCAACACCAAGAUUUCAUGGGAUAUAGCCAGCAGUGCCAGCUACAGAAAAUCCUCGGAUAAGAAUCUGUCCAUUGGUACCUACUGCUGCCCUGGUGUCACUUACAAGACACUGCCCAUGACUUUGAUGGACAAGGGGUCUAAUUAUACCAAAUAUUCCCUCACUGAGUCAAGUGAAAACCGUUCAAUGACCAACCUCUUUGAGCUAUUCAGAGGACCUUGUUCUGAGCUGCCCUCAAAUGCUGAUUUCCAAGAGCGAGCCCCUGCCCAAAUGACUUCCUGCCACACAACAGACCUCUACAAAAGCCUGGCUGCUGUGGUGAUAGACACAGGAACAGGUUAUAGUAAGUGUGGUCUGGCGGGCGAGGAUCGUACCCGUGCUGUAGUGCCUACUCGGGUGGGAAUACACCGAAACCCCAAAGGGGAUAAAACACCCUACUAUAUCACAGAGGACGUAGAGGCAGCUUGUUCUACGCUGAUCCGUGGUGUGGUUACUGACUGGGAUGCCCUAGAAGUCCUUUGGAACCACAUCUUCUACAGCAAAUUGUGUGUGGUGCCUGAGGAAUUGGCUGUACUGGUGGCUGAUUCACCAGUCUCUCCUUGUACCAAUCGUGAGAAGGUUGUUGAACUCCUGUUUGAAUGCUUUGGGGUGCCUGCCAUGCAAACUGUCCAUCAGGCAUUACUCACUCUCUAUGCCUAUGGUCGCACUACAGGACUGGUCAUGGGUAGUGGGCAUGGCACCUCCUAUGUGGCUCCCAUCAUCACAGGUGAAUUGGCACCACUGAAUAUCUACCGUCUGGACGUGGCUGGGAAAGACCUCUCCGAAUACCUCUCCCAGCUGCUUUUGGCUGGUGGGCAGCCACCACCCAAAGCUGAUGUGCUGACCCAUAUGAAGGAGACCUGCUGUUAUGUGACCCUGGACAUGGUCUCUGAACUCUGCCAAAUAGAGGGCAAGUAUCGGCUUGACUUUGUCCUCCCAGACAAGCAUGUUCUCUCCCUUGGGGCUGAGCGGUUCCGCUGCCCUGAGGUCUUGUUUAAGCCUGACAUCCUGGGCCUUGAUCAGCCCAGUUUACCACAGCUGGCCCAGAUUAGCAUUAGCCAGCUGGAGCCACACUUGCAGGAACAACUGUUGGCUAAUGUGGUUCUGGAAGGUGGGACCACUCUGCUGAAUGGCUUCUCUGAGAGGGUCCAGCAGGAUCUGGGGCCCACAGCCACAGUCUUAUCCUUGCCCCACCGUGCCAUGGCUGCCUGGCUAGGUGGUUCCAUCAUGGCUUCCCUUGAUUCCUUCCAGACUCUGUGGUUGAGCCGCGGGGAAUACCAGGAAGAGGGCCCAUGGGCCAUCUAUAAGUACCACCUGUGAUGGUCAUGGGAGUAUAAAGUCACUCUGGGAGUCAGAGAGGGCUCUGGGUCUCUGAUAUCUGCUGGGGUCAUAGGAUUUCAGUUGAGAUAGGGGUGGGGUGGGAUAGUGCUUCAAGAGACAUAGUGCCAUGUCUUUGCUGAAUAGGAGAUCUUCUCUUCCUUUCUUGGUUGGUGACACAAUCAGUCUUCCCCACUCUACUCCUUCUUCUCCAUCUAGAGUCAAAGAUCCUUCAGUCCUCACUAGAUGUGAGAGGAAAAGACAAGCUCCCACCAACAAACUUAACCUAGGCAGGCUGAGUUUCUCCUUUAGCUCCCGAUUUGGGAUCACAAAGAUGGUGGUGCCCCAAGAAAUGUAAAUCUGUCUUCUUCCCCUCUAAAGGACAACUGUCCAGGACCUUCAGGGCCCAAGGAGCUGCUAC